CCCCACCCCACCCCACCCUACAACCAACCACUCCCAGGGAGUCUCUGGUUUCAGUUUUUUGUGGAUGAGCUACUGACAUGUGCACAGCAUGUGUGUGCUAAUAUAUUUCCCUGCUGUUGCACUGCACCCACCCCCACCCACUCUUCUGCAGUGCUAGGUAUCUUCUUGUGGCCACUGAUGUCAUCACACCAGUUGGGGUUGUGGGUGAAGCCAGUUCUGCAGAAGCUGGAUUUUGGUGUGGGAUCCUUUCUUCACAAAAUGAGGGAGAACCGUGAAAAGAGGAUGCUUCAGAAACAAGAGAACAGUGAGAUAGACAUAUCUGCUCUUUGCCCAAAGAUGGAUUCAACUAUUUUCAAGGAGCUCUCGGUAUCAGACACCGAAGCCUCUGAAGUGACGUGGACUGAUGGUACAUUCAACCUCUCGGAGGGACACACCCCUCAGACGGAGAACUCUGAAGAUCUAGACCGCCGCAGUGACCAGGAGGAGUUUUUCACUGAGGGGUUGCCAGAAUUCCCGAACAUGGAUAACGGGACUAACGGGGAAGAUGACGAGCUUAGCAUCGGGCUGCCGACCCCUUUGCCGAUGCUGGAUAUGGCCGGGGCCCUGGUCGAGGGGAGGGCCUUGGAGUUAGUGAACCAGAUGGCUGGGGAUGUUAUAGCGGGAGGACUGACAGCAGCCAUCCAGGAGCAGCUGAGGGCCUGCGCUCCCCAGCCUGCCCCUGAGCCCUUGGAUUUUGCAGAGGACUCGGACAGUGAGGGGGAGGAAUUCGAGCUGCUGGACCAGUCUGAGCUGGAAAAUGUGGAGAGCAAUCUUGGGCAGGAGGCCCGGGCCAAGGCCAAAAAACCCUCUGGCUUCCUCUCCAACCUACUGAGGCGUCAUUGAUGGCCAGGCUCAGAGGGGCGCUGCUAUGAGAUAACGGGAAGAGUUGACCGCAGGACGUGUCUGUGCGAAGGCCACGAGAAAUAAUGGUAUUCCUUCCAUUCUUUCCAGUAGAGCUAAAUCAUUCUGAAUUUAAGCACCACGGUCCAGAAACCAGGAGUUUGAGGAAUCGUUUGGAUGGUAAUUCAUGAUGCUUCAUGAUAUGAGUGUUAUGAAACAGAUUUUGACCUCAUUGUCUGCUGUUGUUAUCGGGUUUUGUUACCUCUGUCUGGUCUUGGAAACAUUAGCAUGACAUGGUAUAGUGGACAGGCAUAAAAAUCAAAUGGGUGUAUUGUGUGAUUCCUGUUCACUGCCAAACAAUAGGUUCGGGGACAAAACACGUGUCAGCUACUCUACUGAAGUCCAUGUAUACAUACAGUGAUGAAUGGCUAAAACCCAUUAAAUAAUGAGGCCUUCUUCUUUUGGACAAGAUGACAAUCAAAUGCCCUUCAAGUAGGACAGCGCUGCUAAGUCAUGCGUGUGCAUACCAACCAAUUUCACUGAACAAAGUGCAAAAAUAAUCUUAGUUUCUGUAUUAAACCAGAGCACAAAACUGGAUUCAAUAUAGAUGAAGUGUUUGUUUCCUUCAUUUAGCAUUAUAAAUCUACUAUUUUCUAGUAGGAAUCUUACAGUCAGCCACUUAAAAGUCCAGUCUGUGAUGCCCAGGUGGUAGAAAGUACAAAGUCGAUCUGAUUGUCUAAAAUCAAUAUUGCAUCUUCAUGUCUAUUCACCCUCUACUGUGCUUGCCUGAUGUAGCAUGUAUAAUUUUCCAACCCUGGUUAUGGGACACACUAAUCAUGGAGCAGUCCUAGUUUCACAACAGUCUGAUUGCCAACUAUUUACAUCAACAACAUUUACAAAAAUGCUGACAUUAAUUGCUUUAUGACACAAAAUUAUGAUGAGAAGGAGGCUGGGGAGAGAGUGAGAGUGAGAUGGAGGGCCAGAUGGAUGGACAGUUUCUUUAAGGCAAAGAUAACAAGAAAAAUGUUAUUUUCAGGUAAUACAGUGUGUCUGUUAUGACAAAUACUCCUCUUUCCAGUCAACAGCUCAAUCAAACCUAAUUAAUUAUAAGUAGAUGGCAAAACAGGCAGCCAUGUGCCUCUAAGAUCAGGGUUGGGAAACACUGCUGUAUGUUGCUGCAUCCUAUCAUGUGCAUAUACCUGCAGGCAUCUCUGAAACCUUUUUCAGUAGAUGCCCACAGAACUAAACACACUGCACACCUGAUUUCAUUUCUUCACAUGCUACAAGCAUGGCAUCAGUUAUAAAAACAAGUGUUGCCGCAAAUUGAAAAUAUUAAUAAAAAUGAAAAAUAUCACAUUUACACUAAUGAGUAACAAUAAAUAACAAAAAAAUAAGAAUUAAAGGUAGUUCAUGUUUAAAACAAGCUGAGGUAUAAGUAGGCACAAGCACAUGUCACACAUUAGAAAAUUGAACAAACAGGUGAAAUGUACCCUGAGGAGAUCAGGGUAAGAUACAGUACAUUAAGGAUGGCACUGUAAGAGGUUUUGCAGCUCUUGUGUUCAUGUGCAAAAUACACCAUCCCUGAAAACGGGAUAUGAAAAGGGGUAAGAUACAUGCAAUUAUGGGUUAAUGGAAAUCUCAUUUACUUACAUUUUUUUUAAUUAUUAUUAUUAUUGUAACCCAAUACAUUUCACUAAAUUAAAUCUGGUCAUUUGAACUGAUAUGCACUUAUUUAUGUAAUGAUACUGGCAGUGAUUUUCUUUAAUUCUAUCAAACAUAAUGUCUAGAAUGUUUCUUUUCAAGACAAGUUAUGAUAACAUUUAAUCCACAUUGUAUCUCUGGAUCAAGGAAAUAUUUACUUCAUCCCAGGUUAUGGGGAGCUAGUGUCUGUGCUCUAUGUUUUAUUUCAAUCAAUUUGUUGUUUAUAAAAAUGACUGUUACGUGGGAAUGUUACAGAGUCAUGCAUAUUGCAAACUAUUCUGUUGUCUGUUGUGUUUAUAUAUUGUAUAAAGUGCACAUUUCCAUAUGUCAAAUGAACAAUUGCCAGAUGGUAUCAUAAAAGUGAGGCCAGUGUCACAGUUAUGAUAGAUAAUGUUAAGAGCUUUAUUAUUUAAUUUAGCAAGCUUAUACACUGGCAAUGUUAACUGAUCCUCAAUUAUUAUCAUCUCUUGGACUCAACUUGUAUUUUCCAUUUAGCAUAAUGAAAAUCUGCCUGAUCAAAUUCUGGA